AUGGACGAAAUAGCCAAGGGCAUCGCAGGGAAGGUCUUGGACCAGCUUGGAUCGCUUGUUUAUGAGGAGCUCAGCUCAGCAUGGGGUGUACGAAGUGAUCUAACAAAGCUUGAGUGCACCGUGUCAGCCAUUGAAGCCGUACUCUUAGAUGCUGAGGAGAAGCAAGCAAGUAACCGUGGGCGGAGCCUUUGGCUAGGACAGCUCAAAGACGUUCUUAAGGAAGCGGAGAAUGUGCUGGAUGAAUUUCAAUACCGAGUUCUGCAGAAGGAAGUAGUGAAGAGAUGCAGGAGCACUUGCAAAAAGGUGCGUUAUUUCUUUUCUGGUUCUAACGCACUUGUAUUCCGUUUUGAAAUGGCACAUAAAAUCAAAGGUGUUAGGAAGAGGUUAGAUGAUAUUGCAGCUCUUAAGGAUCUUUUGAAGCAACAAGAUGCAAAUGUCCCUGUAAGUGUAAUUCCUAUAGUUGGGAUUGGAGGUUUGGGGAAGACCACACUUGCCAAGUUGGUUUAUAACGAUGAGGAGGUAGUUAGUCAUUUUCAAUUGAGAAUGUGGGUAUGUGUGUCUGAGGAUUUUAAUGUUACAAGUUUAAUAAAAGAAAUCCUUAAAUCUGCACUUGGUAAAAUUGAUGAGAAUUUGGGCAGGGAACAAUUGCAAAGGCUCUUAAGAGAAACUUUAAAAGAUAAGAAGUUUCUGCUUGUCUUAGAUGAUGUUUGGAAUGAAGAUCCCAUCAAAUGGUUUGAAUUGACAAAUUUGUUAUCUGAGGAUUAUAAUGGAAGUAACAUCAUAGUAACUACACGGAAUAUCUCAGUUGCUACCGCUAUGGGCACUGUUCCCCCACACAAUUUAAAUGGUCUAUCCCCAGAGGAUUGUUUGUCUUUGUUUAAGAAAUUGGCAUUCAAGGAUGGAGAAGAAAAAAUUCAUCCAAACCUUUUAGAAAUUGGAAAUGAUAUUGUCAAAAAAUGUAAAGGGGUUCCAUUGGCAGUGAUGACUUUAGCUAGUCUACUUUAUUUAAAAGUUGAUGAAGGCGAGUGGAAACGUGUGAGAGAUAAUGAGAUAUGGAGGUUGAAACAAAAUGAUGAUGACGUCUUACCUAUAUUGCAGCUCAGUUACAAUCACUUGCCCUUGCACUUGAAGAAAUGCUUUGCCUAUUGCUCUCUUUUCCCAAAGGAUUUUGAAUUUGAUAACCUUCACUUGAUUCAAUUUUGGAUGGCACAUGGACUUCUUCAAUCACCUAACAAUGAAAAUCAAAAGUUGGAAGAUAUUGGUGAGUUGUAUAUCAAGGAGUUAAUGUCAAGAUCUUUGUUUCAAGAUGUUAAUCAAGAUAUAGAAUUAAAUAGUCCCUUUUAUUAUACCUUUAAAAUGCAUGAUCUUGUCCAUGAUCUUGCACUCUCAAUUGCCAAAAGAGAGUGUUCGGUAGUGACCAAGGAGUCCACCCUUGCUACAGAAGUUUGUCAUCUGUCAAUUUCGGAGAAUAGCCAAGAAGUUACAACACAAUUAGAGAAGUUGAGCAAAGCUCAGACUAUUAUUUUCCAAACAGAGCAAUCCAUGUCCUUACUUGAAACAUGCAUAUCAAGAUUUAAGUACUUGCGGGUGCUUGAUUUGAAAAAUUCAUCCUUUGAGGUGUUGCCAAGUUCUACCGGAAGUUUGAAACAUUUGAGAUAUCUCGACCUAUCAGGUAAUGACAUAAUCAAGAAACUUCCAGAUUCCAUUUGCAAGUUGCACAGUUUGCAAACUUUACUGCUUGAUGGUUGCUUCAGUCUUGAACGGUUGCCCAAAGGUAUAAGGGACAUAAUCAGCCUCAGGUUUUUGGUUGUUACAACAAAGCAUACCUGCUUGUCGGAGAAGGCAGUGGGUUGCUUGGAUUCUCUUAGGUAUUUGUUGAUAGGUGGAUGUGAGAAUCUAAAAUGUGUGUUUGAAGGGAUGGAGGGCACCUCACCAAUCUUCGAACAUUGGUUGUUGCACAAUGUCCAAGUUUGACCUCUUUAUCACUCAGUAUCAAACACCUAACUGCCCUAAAGAACCUACAAAUUGUGGAUUGUGAAGAGCUUAAUUUGAUGGAGAUGGAGGGAGAAGACAAUCAAUAUCUCAAGUUGAGCCUACAGAAUUUGAUAAUUUCGAGUUUACCUAAGUUGGAGGUUUUUCCCCAACAGCUCCAAGGAUCUGCAAACACUUUACGGCAGCUAUUGAUUCAAGAAUGUGAAAAUUUAAUUGCUUUGCCGAAGUGGCUGCCACGUCUGAAAUCGCUUCAGACACUUAUGAUUGACAAUUGCCCUAAGUUGUCAUCUCUAUCGGAGGUGAGGAAAGGUCCUACUUCACUAAGAAAAUUCAUAAUUACACGUUUAUCUAAGUUGGAGGUUUUGCCCCAAUGGCUCCAAGGAUCUGCAAACACUUUACAGCUGCUAGGGAUUGGACAUUGUGAAAAUUUGAAGGCUUUGCCGGAGUGGCUGCCAUGUCUGAAAUCACUUCACACACUUCGGAUUGUCGAAUGCCCUAAGUUGUCAUCUCUACCGGAGGGGAUGGAAGCUCUCACUACACUAAGACUAUUGAAGAUCAGAGGUUGUCCUAAUUUGAGUAGAAAAUGCAGAGAAGAAGAUUCGCACAAGAUUGCUCAUGUACAACAGAUUUAUCUCGAAGGGACCUGGUUCACAAAAGAGAUGAAGAUGGCAUCAGCGAGUACUUCCUAGAAGAAGAAGAGAAGGGAGAUGAGGAGUUCAACAUAAGUGACAUCCAAUAGAAUUUGAACAUUGCUCAAUUCAAAGUCACAAGUUCC